UCUCUGGCUUCACUUUCAUAAGUUUCCCCAGUUUUCUUCGCCUCGUAGUCUUCGAGUAUCUCUCUGUACCUGAUCAUUGAUCGGUGUGCUUUGUAUUCCGUUCAUCUGCUAAGUUUUCUUCUCUGCUUACUUGGGUGACGGUCUCUUACUCUUCCAAUUACAGAAGAAGAAGCUGCUAUUUUUGGAAAGAGAUCGCCUCCUGAUUUUGUACUUAGUGUAUCCUUAAUCGAAUUCGAAAACUAGGGUUUCUUCCCAGUACGUACUUUGUGGUUUUUGUUCCAAGUAUUUGUAUAUAUAAGUUAUUCAAGCUGUUGGUUGAUACGGUCGUCUGACUUUUCAAAGCCGCCGUUGUCGAUUUUUGAAUUUUCUGGGCUUUCGCGGCGGAAUUGAUUCGAGGUGUUCCAAGAAGUGGGCUUUUGCUCUUCUCGGUGGAUGAAGUCGGAGAAUCAUGGAUAUUGACGGAGUAGACGAUGCUCGUAUUUUAGAUCCUGAGCUCUUGCAGCUCCCUGCUUUGUCUCCUGCUCCGCUCAAUGCAAGCUCUCAUAUUGCUGAUGAACUCUUCUCCCAGUGGCUCUCACUCCCACACACUGUCAGAUUGGUCAAGUCUUUGAUUGAUGAUGCUUCAUCUGGAACACCCGCCAAGAGUUAUGCCAGCAUCAAUGUUUCUGGUGCAAGUGCUUUGCCAGCUGUGUUUCUGAGCUGCACCACUCCCCCACUUUCUCCACGCAGCUCUUCUGGUUCCCCUCGUUUCUCGAGGCAAAGGACUCCCCCUCCAUCUCUCCACUCUCCUCUCUGUUCAGUCAAGGAACCAAAGCCCGAACUCAUUCCUCAGUUCUACUACCAACACGGGCGUCCCCCAGCAAGAGAAUUAAAACAGCAAUGUAUAUCCAUGGUUGAUCAAGUUUUUAGUAACUAUAUUGAUGGACUACGUGUGGAUGAAUUCAAAUCCAUUACCAAAGAAGUCUGCAAGCUGCCUUCUUUUCUUUCUCCUGCACUUUUCAGAAAGAUAGAUCCCAAUUGCACUGGUAUAGUUACAAGGGAUGCAUUCAUCAAGUACUGGAUCGAUGGAAAUAUGUUAACUAUGGACACAACCUCCCAGAUAUAUAACAUAUUAAGGCAGCAAGGGUGCAAGUACCUCAAACAGGUAGACUUCAAACCGGUUCUUGAUGAACUUCUGGCAACACAUCCUGGGUUAGAAUUUCUGAGGACUUCAAGCGAAUUUCAAGAAAGAUAUGCUGAAACUGUCAUCUACAGAAUAUUUUACUACAUCAACAGAUCAGGAACUGGUUGCCUUACUCUUAGAGAGCUGAAACGCGGAAAUCUUAUUGCUGCCAUGCAACAAAUUGAUGAAGAGGACGACAUCAAUAAAAUUAUUAGGUACUUCUCCUAUGAGCACUUCUACGUCAUAUACUGCAGAUUUUGGGAACUUGAUGGUGACCAUGAUUGCUUUAUUGAUAAGGAUAACCUCAUCAAAUAUGGUAAUAAUGCCCUUACCUACAGGAUUGUUGAUAGAAUUUUUUCACAGGUUCCUAGGAAGUUUACGAGCAAAGUUGAAGGGAAAAUGAGUUAUGAAGAUUUUGUAUACUUCAUUCUCUCAGAGGAAGACAAGUCUUCCAUGCCUAGUCUUGAAUAUUGGUUCAAGUGCAUAGACUUGGAUGGAAACGGGUUGAUCACUCCAAACGAAAUGCAGUUUUUUUUCGAAGAGCAGUUGCAUCGCAUGGAAUGCAUAACCCAGGAACCUGUUCUCUUCAACGAUAUCUUAUGUCAAAUAAUUGACAUGAUUGGACCAGAGAAGGAGAACUGCAUCACCCUCCAGGAUCUGAAAGGGUCCAAACUUUCAGGAAACGUCUUUAAUAUACUCUUCAACCUUAAUAAAUUCAUGGCGUUUGAGACACGUGACCCCUUUCUCAUUCGCCAGGAACGGGAGGAUCCAAAUUUGACAGAAUGGGAUCGGUUUGCUCAGAGAGAGUAUGUGAGAUUGUCAAUGGAGGAAGAUGUAGAGGAAGUCUCAAAUGGGAGUGCAGAUGUAUGGGAUGAACCACUCGAACCUCAAUUUUAGAUAAAACUGCGUCUGAGCUCCUAACCACAUACGUAUAUCCAUGGACCAUGAUCAGAGAUUUGGAGGUUACUGUUGUUUCCAGACGCUCCUGGCAGUGGAGAUUCAUUCAUCACCAAUAAUUCCAAGGAGUCUGCCAAUUUCAUGAAAGUUUUGCAUUUUUGUUUCGAUUCCAGAGAUUUUUCAGGUUGGGUCUCUCUCCUUCUACAUAAUAUGGUGUCGAUAUUUUUAGUUGGAUGGUCUUAUAAUGACAAAAUCAAAGAAAAAAUGUACAAAAAUAUUGAGGACUCUUUUUGAGUUUUUCUACACUUGGUAGUUGGUUUGGACUUUGGAGUUUGAAUAGCUUGAUUUUGAAUACCACCAACUUUUGAUAGCUUAAGAUUUAUUAUUAUUUUCA